UGAGGAAUGAUGAUAUGCAUCUCAGGAACAAAAGGAUUGUUUUUUUUUUUUUCUUUUUUCGAUCAGCCAGGAACAAAAGAACGAUGAACAUCGCAACAUUAGUCUUUGCGUUGUUAUUACUGCUAAGGAUCGAAACAGCGGUAGGCCUAACUCUGGUGAAAUCCGGGUGUCAAGACUCGUGUGGAGAUGUCAGCAUUCCAUACCCCUUUGGAAUUGGAGCAGACUGCUACAUGAACAAAGGGUUUGAGGUCUUCUGCAAUGAAACUUCCAGCCCUCCAAAAACUAUCCUAACCAGCAUAAAAAUGGAGGUGCUGAAUAUCUCGCUUGAUCGCAGCUACGUUCAUGUUAACAGUCCGAUAAUCUCCACAAGUUGUUCUGGUAGGACUGCAGGUGUAGCUGUGAAUUUGACAGGAAGUCCUUUCAUAUUCUCCAAGAACAGGAAUAAAUUUAUAGCCGCAGGCUGCAACAACCGUGCUGUCAUGAGCCAUAUUGAGCCAAUGAUUGUUGGGUGUGAAUCAACUUGCAAGGACAACAAGCCAGACAACACAACAAGGGUUGUUACAAUGUGCCGUGGUGAGAGGUGUUGUCAGAUCAUGAUACCUUCACCUCUCCACGUUUUCAAUGUAACAUUCCAGAGAGAAGAUUCAGAGGAAUGCAAGUUAGCCUUCCUGGUAGAAGAACAAUGGUUUUGGUCCAACACAACAGGUCUCAGAAUGCUGGAUUUUUUGCAUUAUAUGGAAUAUGUUCCAGCUGUGAUUGACUGGGUUGUAACUGAUGAGGAAGCAUCACAAUUACCAGACAGAAAUGGGAGUUCAUUGCGCUGUUCCGAGUUCAUUUCUCACCCUACAGUGACCCUAAACUCAAGUGUGAGCACAGUGCUUGGAGUAGCAUGUUUACUAAUUGUUAUUGGUACAUGGUGGUUGUACAAAAUUUUAAAGAAGAGAAGGAAAAAGAAGCUCCAGAGGCAGCUCUUCAAACAAAAUGGAGGUUUAUUAUUGCAGCAACAGUUGUCUUCAACUGAGGGUAAUGUUCAAAAGACCAAAAUAUUUAGUAGCAAGGAGUUGAAAAGGGCAACUGACAAUUUCAACAGAAAUAGAAUACUUGGUCAGGGAGGCCAAGGCACUGUUUAUAAAGGAAUGUUGGUUGAUGGAAGAAUUGUUGCAGUUAAAAAGUCAAAAGUACUGGACAAAGAGAAAGUUAAGGAGUUCAUAAAUGAGGUGGUCAUUCUUUCCCCUAUUAACCACAGGAAUGUUGUUGAGUUAUUAGGGUGUUGUUUGGAGACUAAAGUUCCUAUGUUAGUUUAUGAAUUCAUCCCUAAUGGGACACUUUUCCAGUACAUACAUGAUGAAAAUGAGGACUUCCCAUUAUCUUGGGAAAGAAGAUUAACAAUUGCAGCAGAAGUUGCGGCUGCCCUUUCCUACCUGCAUUCAGCAGCCUCCAAUCCCAUUUAUCACCGAGAUAUCAAGUCCUUAAAUAUUCUACUGGAUGAAAAGUAUAGAGCAAAAGUUUCAGACUUUGGCAUAUCGAGAUCAAUUGCCAUUGAUCAAACUCACUUGACUACAAAUGUUCAGGGUACAUUUGGAUAUCUAGACCCUGAAUAUUUCCGGUCCAGUCAAUUUACAGAAAAGAGUGAUGUUUACAGCUUUGGAGUUGUUCUUGUUGAGCUCUUAACUGGAAAGAAACCAAUUUCUUUAAUAGGGGCAGAGGAAGAGGAAGCAAGAGGAAGCAAGAGGGAGAGUUCUACAUUUGAAGAGACAACAAAGGUUGCUAAACUUGCAUAUCGAUGCUUGAGUUUGAGUGGUAAAAGGCGACCAAAGAUGAUAGAAGUUGCUGUGGAGUUGGAGCAGAUUCGUCAUUUGCUAAACAAUUCAACUGGUCAGCAAAAUCAUGAAAGGACUAGUUAUGUCAAAUUUGAAGUAACCAACGGACGGGCUGGUGCCUCUACAGACGAUGCUUUGUCAUUAGACUUGGAGCCAUUAUUUUCAAGUGAACCAUGGGGAUCGUUAGAAAUGCAAGUGAUCCCAAAUACCACAUGAGGUCUACUGCAAGUUUCAUUUUAACUUAAUCGAAGUGGGACUUCUCCCACUUUAAUGCAUUUAUUCCAUGACGUGGGGCUCAAUGCUUCUUCCUUUUUGUGUUUGAAAAGUUCUAGUUUGUUUUAUUUAUUUUUGUUGCUUCGUUGUUCAAAUAAUAUGCCUCCACAAUUUGGUUACAGUAAUUUUAUAAAUGAAAGGUUAAACC